CGUCGACUCCACUCAGCUCUCUCGCUCACUCUCCUCCCCCAAGGUCCUAGAGACAGGCAGCCGGCGAGGCGCGCCGCCGCGAAGCAAUGGAUUUCAAGGGGUUCUGGGAGUCCAGAUUCGGUGGCAAGAAGGAACCCGAGCCGGAGCAGAACGGGCACGCCAACGGGGUCCAGAACCAGAAGAGGACCUCCGAUCUGGCGGUCUACGAGCAGUUCGAGCAGCAGGCCAGGCAGACCCAGGUCCGAGCCGCCGCGAUUCGCGACGGAGACGCUGAUGUCAUCCAGAAGCCCCUUCUACCUUCAUUUGAGUCAGCUGAAAUGCGUAAUCUCGCAGAGACAUUGUUGAGGGAUAUUAUUCGCGGGAGCCCAGAUGUGAAAUGGGAGAGCAUCAAAGGACUGGAAAAUGCAAAACGCCUUCUAAAAGAGGCUGUUGUCAUGCCCAUAAAGUACCCAAAAUACUUCACUGGUCUCCUUUCUCCAUGGAAAGGCAUCUUACUUUUUGGCCCCCCAGGGACAGGAAAGACAAUGCUGGCAAAAGCGGUCGCUACUGAGUGCAAAACCACCUUCUUCAACAUUUCAGCAUCAUCAAUUGUCAGCAAAUGGCGUGGAGAUUCAGAGAAGCUUGUCAAAGUUCUGUUUGAGCUUGCUAGGCAUCAUGCACCAUCCACAAUAUUCCUUGAUGAAAUAGAUGCUAUCAUCAGCCAGCGUGGUGAAGCUCGCAGUGAGCAUGAAGCUAGUCGUCGCUUGAAGACUGAGCUACUUAUUCAGAUGGAUGGUUUGACAAAGACAAACGACUUGGUAUUUGUACUUGCAGCUACAAAUCUUCCCUGGGAAUUGGAUGCAGCCAUGCUCCGCCGGCUUGAGAAGCGGAUUCUUGUACCGCUUCCUGAAGGUGAAGCAAGGCAAGCGAUGUUUGAGGAACUUCUGCCAGCAACUACCUCAAAGUUAGAAAUCCCGUACGACAUACUAGUUGAAAAGACUGAAGGUUACUCUGGUUCAGAUAUUCGUCUCGUGUGCAAAGAAGCUGCCAUGCAACCACUGAGACGUCUCAUGUCAGUUCUUGAAGCCAGUGACGAGUUGGUUCCGGAGGAAGAACUGCCUGAGGUUGGCCCUCUGAAACCUGAUGAUAUUGAACUUGCAUUAAGGAACACUAGGCCGUCAGCACAUCUCCAUGCGCAUCGCUAUGAGAAGUUCAACCAGGACUACGGUAGCCAUGUCGUUUGUUCAGAGCUAGCAUGAUCUUAUUAUCGGGUUGAUGUUUCGUUCAAUCAUGGAACCAGAGCAGAGCUAAUAUAUGUCCUGCUCCGGCGCAUCAGUUUGUUGGCAUGUUGAUGGGGGUCGCGUGUUGUCAAAACGGUUGCUGCGCUGGUAACGCGACUCCCAACAUAUUGCAGUUUCCCUCUGGCCGCAGUACCUUGCAUUUUGCAUGGGUUAAAGUGCGAGGUGCAGGUGCUUGCUGCUCAGAUCUAUGUGGGCAUGUGGCUUUGUUCAUGCAAUCUGAGAUUUUCCCGAAUCCUUGAACUCAGAAAAAAAAGAUUCGUUCUCUAGUUACGUGUCUAAUAAAUGUUAGUUACCCUGCAGAAAAGUACACUCUGGUUUAUAUUUAAAGGAAAACGAGCCAGAGAGCUUGUAUAAGUUUCUUCUG